AACUCAUUUCUCACUUCUUCUCAUCACCACCGUCUCUCCCACUCAAUCUCUGUGUGCUUUUUUAAUUUCCUCGGACGACGUCGAGAGAUCCUCGAAAUCUCCGGCGAUGGGUGGUUGCGUCUCCUCCAAUUUCUUAAAUCCGACAGAUGAAAACUUCUCUUCUCAGAUCAACGCUUCAACCUUAAGCCACCAUUUCGUCAAGCUAACUUCAACCACUUAUGGUCUUCUCAAUCUCGACUCUUCUUCACCUUCUCUUCCUCCGCCUCCUUCCUCCUCCGCUACCUCCGCUAUAUCUCCGAUGACUCCGCCUGAGAGGUUUACUAUCGACGGUAAGGAGACGAUGGUUGGUAAGUCUGAGCCGACGACGACGGAGGUUAUUAGCUUCUGGGAGCUAAUGUCAGGUCUCGACGGCGGCGAUACUUGCCGAUUCUCUCCUAUUCCGGCGAAAUGUAAUGUCUCCGAUGGUGGUGGUCGAGUGAUGAUGGUGAACAAAGAGAACUCCGAUCCUAAUUUGAAGAACCCUAGAGAUUCAGAGAGCGAUUACGAGGUUUUGAAACCGUUAGAUCCGAAAUUAGCGGAGGAAGCAGAGAGAUUGUGCGACGGCGGUGAGGAUCGAGUUGUGAUUUACACGACGUCGUUGCGGGGAGUGCGGCGGACGUUUGAGGCGUGUAACGCCGUGAGAGCUGCGAUUGAGAGCUUUGGUGUGGUGGUAUGUGAGAAAGAUGUGUCUAUGGAUAGAGGAUUCAGAGAAGAGCUUUCGAAUCUAAUGGCUCGGGAAAGAAGAGACAACGGCGGCGGUGGUGAUGAUUCGUCGACGGCGGCGGUGGUGGUGUUGCCGCCGAGGGUUUUUGUGAAAGGGAAGUACAUUGGUGGAGCAGAGGAAGUGAUGAGUUUGGUGGAAGAAGGUUUGCUUGGAGAUUUGCUAAGAGGGAUUCCGAGGAAGAAAGAUCGGUGUGGAGGCGGUUGCGGUGGGUUAGCGUUUUUGCCGUGUUCGGAGUGUAAUGGGAGCUGUAAAGUGGUGGAAGGAUGGGGAAGUGAAGCUGUAGUGGUCAAGUGUAUGGAGUGUAAUGAGAAUGGUCUUGUUCGUUGUCCCAUUUGCAGCUAAAAGACACUGAUCUCACUAGUAAUAAUUUGGGAGUUACAUCUAAAAAAUUGUAAGAUAAAAUGUUUUUUUUCUUUCUAGUUUCUUUCUUUUUUAGAGUUCUCUGUGUUUCAAGAUUAUAUAUAUGCUUUGAUAGAAGAAGGAGGCAAAUGAUCUUUGGUUAUUAUGGUCGAGAUACUCUAGUCUUUGUUUGAUGGUGGUUAGUUACAAACAUUACAUAAAUAUCCAAUACAAAGCCUUUUGUGUUUCUCAGA